UUGCACACAAUCGCCUCGUCAUCCUCCCUGUGUCAGAGUUCAUGUGUCCCGGCUGAGCAGUGAAGCAGUGAGUGAGCAGUGAUUCCAGCAUCAACCUCUGACGAGAGGAAGGAUGUCCCACAUGGACUCCAACGGAGCCGGCAGCGUGCAGUAUGAUCGCUGGAACGAGGACAACGUUAACCUGAAUGUGGAGGCAUCACAGUCCACUGGGAUGAGGAUCUACAACAAAUUGUGUGUCGGUAACACUGGGGUAGCAGUGAAGGCAGCAGGAGCUCUGGCUGCACUGGUGUCCAUCUACAUCAUAGGAUACGCGACAGGAUACUACAUCCAUAGGUGCUGA